AUGACUAAAGUUAUCCUUCAUUUGAGAGCAGAGACCAAACCGUUGGAGGCCAGAGCAGCCCUUACACCUAAGACCACUAAGGAGUUGCUGGACACUGGCGAUUUCGAGAUCUACGUCGAGAAAUCGUCGCAAUCGACGUUCGACUGGAAGGAGUACGAGGCUGCGGGCGCCCAUAUUGUCGAGGAAGGUUCGUGGGUGAACGCUCCAAAGGACAGAAUCAUCAUUGGUUUGAAGGAGCUGCCUGAGGAAUCGUUCCCUCUUGUUCACGAACACAUCCAGUUUGCCCACUGUUACAAGAACCAGGCUGGCUGGAACGACGUGCUGUCGAGAUUCCCUGCUGGAAACGGUGUUUUGUACGAUCUCGAGUUUUUGGAAAACGACCAAGGAAGACGUGUUGCUGCGUUCGGCUUUUUCGCCGGAUUUGCAGGUGCUGCGUUGGGUGUGGAAGACUGGGCUUUCAAACAAACCCAUUCCGACUCUGAGGAGCUGGGCGGUGUGACUCCUUACCCUAACGAACAGGCCCUUGUUGCCGACGUCAAGAGCUCCUUGGAGACCGCCGUUGCCAAGGCUGGCAAGUACCCAAAGGUUCUUGUGAUUGGUGCUCUGGGAAGAUGCGGAUCUGGUGCCGUUGACCUUUGUCGUAAAGUUGGCAUUCCUGAAGACAACAUCUUGAAAUGGGACAUGAAAGAAACCGCAAAGGGCGGUCCUUUCCAGGAAAUCGUCGAAGCAGACAUCUUUGUGAACUGUAUCUACCUUUCGCAGCCAAUUCCUCCAUUUGUCAACUUGGAGACUCUCAAUACUGAAAAGAGAAACCUUAGAACCAUCGUGGACGUUUCUGCAGACACCACCAACCCACACAACCCUAUUCCUGUGUACUCGAUCGCCACCGUGUUCCAGAAACCAACCGUCAAGGUCGACACCACCAAGGGUCCUAAAUUGUCGGUGAUCAGUAUCGACCAUCUUCCUUCGUUGUUGCCAAGAGAGGCCUCCGAGGCAUUUGUCCACGAUUUGCUGCCUUCGUUGAAACAGCUUCCUCAAAGAGAAACCGCACCAGUCUGGGCUCGUGCCAAGUCGCUUUUCGACAAACACGUUGCCAGACUUUACAACAAGAACGCUACCAGAUUGUGA